GGAAAUAUGUACAACGAGACAUUGCGACGCAGCUCAUACAGCGACCACGAAGAGUCGACUGCUAAGACAAAAGUCCCAUCAACAAAGCACGAACGCGCCGCACCCAAGUCCCAUCGUUCACAACCCAAGUCUUCUUGUUCUCCAGCCCAUUAUGACGGUCUCAAGGUCCUCGACCCACUCAAGUCCAGCGAACCGGCGAGCGAGUCAUCGUCGAGAUGCUUUUGAGGGCUGUGGUUUAAGCGUUUUGGAAGACUAGGAGAGGAGGGUUGGGGUUUAUAUGGGUGAGAAGAACUGUACAGCGAUCGACCAGUGGCUUGACCAGGACCCCGGGAAGUGAUCACCGGGUCCUGGGACUGCUCGAUUUCUGGGGCUUGCUUCAAACCCCUCUCGCCCCCGCCGUCAGUCCACUUGACAGUAAUCCGUCUUCAGGGAUUAUUAACCCCUACUGACUGCAAAAAAGGGCCCCGUCACUAAAGAUGUCGGUGGCCAGCAGAAAUCCCUUCGCCCUCCUUGAUGAGGACGCCUCGCGGCCGGCGAGCCCUGCUCCUGCUGCAGCAGCUGCGGCUAAGCAGGCAGCGCCAACUCCCGCAGCCACUCGCGGGACCCAGAAGGCUCGCGGUGGCCCCGCCUCAAGAGGCGGCAAGUACUAUCAGCGCGGCGGCAAGUCUGCUCCCCGCGAGAAGGAGAACACGGAGGUCGCUGAGGACGCCUCUGGUGAACCUAGGAAGCGCGCUGAAGGCGAAGGUCGCGGCCGCGGUCGCGGCAGGGGUCGUGGCGAUCGCGGACGGGGAGGCCGUGGCCGCCCGUUUGAUCGCCACAGCCAGACCGGAAAGACCGACUCCGAGAAGAAGGUCCACCAGGGCUGGGGCGGGGACGAGGGCGUCUCCGAACUCAAGGCUGAAGCCGGCGCCGCUACCGACGCUGCCGCCGAGACCAACGAGUGGAAUACCCCUGCCGACCCUUCCGGUUGGGCAGACGCUGCACCUGGCGAGGCGGCUGCUGCCGCUGAGGACACCCCUGCCGGUGAUAAGGCUGAGCGGGAGGGUCGCAAGCCUCGCGAGCCGGAAGAGGAGGACAACACUCUUACUCUUGACGAGUACCGCAAGAAGCUUGCCGGCCUUGAAAUUGUCCCCAAGCUUGAGACGCGCAAAGUCGAUGCGUCCGCCUUCAAGGAUGCUGUGGUCGUGACCAAGAAGGAUGAAGAGGAGACCGCCUAUUUCGUCGGCAAGUCCAAGACUGCUGCGCCCAAGCAGAAGGCCAAGAAGGAAGAGAAGGUCUUCAUCGAGAUUGAGGCUCGCUUUGAUCGUCCUUCUCGUGGUGGUCGUGGCCGUGGUGGUGAACGCGGUGGUGAUCGUGGUGGUGACCGCGGCGGUCGCAGUCGUGGCCGUGGUGGCGCGCGCGGUCGUGGUGGGGCCAAUGGCCAGGCCACUACGGCGUUGAACGUCGACGACGAGACGGCGUUCCCGUCCCUGGCCUAAACACCAAGCAAAUAUAUUGCUGCGGCCAGCGUCAAGCUUGGCUGUUGACUCCUCGAUGCGCGGUGCCGACAAAAAAUCCGAGUCAUCCUCUUCCAAUCCCGAUUUGUGUCCUGUCUGUCUUGAUAUCUGCGCACGCGUUCUGCAUCCGCCUUUCCACUUCGUAUCACUCUGCCGUCUCUUACCGCUGCUCUACAUAUCAUGUACCUUUGUCCACGCUUCCAGUACCCCUCUCACUCACCAUCGCCUGACAUGACAUAUGAACCAAGACUAUGCACGGUAUAUUAUGUUCUGUGACCUGAUAUUUAGUCGUGUUGUAUAUGAGGUGUAAGAGACCGAGAUGCAUUUUGCGUUCAGAAACGGUGCUUCUGACAAAUUCC